AUGUCGGAUAGUAAAAAAUCUACGUUGUUCGGGCGGAUUACACGCACCACGCACGCAGCUCACCGAUUGCCGUUCAGAUUUCGUGUUCCACCCGUGUCCACGUUUCCGGAAUCGACGUUCGAGAUCGGAAACAGGUACUGUAACCGCUUGAUUGAGAUUAAUCGCUGUUGGUUGGAUGCGCCACAUACACCGUGCAUCACAGUGACCGUGUUACAGACGUUUCAUCAGGACUCAGAAAAACCAUAUCAACACAACUCGACGACAUUAACUGUGGCAGAACAGCUCACUGAUUGCCGUCUACAUUUUGUGUUCGUUGUUGUCCAUAUUCUUGCAUCCAAAUGCAAUAUUCGAGUUCCAACAGGUCAUGUAAGAUGACAAGUACAAAAACUGAAGUUGUAAUUGUUAGACCAAGAAGAAUCGACGUAUUUAUUAAAAAGGCCAUCCUAAAU